UCAUUUACAUUGCAGCAGCUCAACCUGCCAUCAGCACUGAGAAUGAGGAGGAUGAGCUUCAGGAGGGAUCAUCUCUACAUCCCUCUGUGUGUGAUGGUGCCAAGCUUGUGAAUGAAGUCAUUAAACAAGAGCGGAUUUCGAAUGGGCUCAUCGGAUGCACUUGAUGUUUCCUCCAGUUGAGUCCUUCAUCUAUGUAGAAGAGAGCUGUCAGGAUGAGAUAGAACCCGUAGUGAAAAACACAUCUGUCCUCUGCACUGCACUGGAGGAAACGGCAGCGGCUAUAAAUAACUUGGAGGCUCUACAGGUUGCUGUGUGGGAUGCUGAGAGGCUGCAGGUUGGGCGGGCCUGGAUGCUCACACGGAUUUUCGUCCCUCUUCCAUUGAUCAGUGCUGUGAGGAAGGCGGAUCCUCUGACGUCGUCGCCAAGCUGCUCGGCUGCGUCAGAGUCCAGCCGAGCGAAGGAAGAAGGAGAGACGGAAUAAAAAAACCGAAACGGACGGAGGGUGUGAAAAGGCCGAGGAGAGCGGACCGAGGCUGCCACGGAGACUGACCUGCGGCCUGCACAGCCGGGCAGACAUGGAGGGCUCCACGGAGGAAGAAUACAAAGAGAAAUUAUUAUGGAGCGUCAAACGAGAGGUAAAGCAGAUUAUGGAGGAAGCAGUGACUAAGAAAUUUGUCCACGAAGACAGCAGCCACAUCAUUGCUCUAUGUACUGCUAUCGAGGCCUGUCUGGGUCACCUGCUCAAGAGACGGGCAGCUGGUUUUCUCCGCAGUGACAAGAUUGCUGCCCUCUUCACCAAAGUCGGCAAAGUCUACGACACCGCUGGCGAGGUUUGCCGUAAAGUGCAAGAACAGCUCCAGCAGCAUGCUGAUCUCACCAGGAGAACUCAGAGCGUGGGACAUGAGCCUCUGAGGAGACAGGGCUCGUCCACCACCAGCCGCCCCCCUCAACCCCUCUCUGCUCAGGCCAUCAAACACAUCUGGGUCCGAACAGCUGUCUUUGAGAAAGUUCUGGACAAGAUAGUGCAGUACAUUGUGGACAACUCCAGUAAAUACUACGAGAGAGAAGCUCUAAUGCAUGACUCAGUCUUCGGGCCCAUCUUGGCAGCCCUGCUGGUGGGGCCCUGUGCUCUGGAGUACACCAAGCUGAAGACAUCGGAUCAUUUAUGGACCGACCCCUCAGCCAAUGAGCUAGUCCAGCGCCACCGCAUCCAUGGGGCCCACCGGAGUCAGGACACCACGGCAAGCCGUCGACCUGCACUUGGAAUCCGCAAGAGGCAGUCCAGUGGCAGUAUGUCAGAGGACAAGUUUGCUGCAUCAGCGAGAGAGUAUGUUGAGUCUCUUCACCAAAACUCCAGAACACACCUUCUCUACGGCAAAAACAACGUCCUGGUGCAACCGUAUCCUGCCCAAGGCAACUUCGGAAUGCAGACUGGAGGAGCCGGGAAUCAAACCAUUGACCUUCUGAAGAAGGAGAUGGAGGUGUUGCGGGGCUACUUGUCGCUCCACCAGGCUGGGGAUAACCUCACUCUGAAGUGGACCCCCAACCAGCUCAUCAAUGGCACAUUGGGAGACUGUGACCUGGAGAAAAGUAUCUACUGGGACUACGCACUGACUGUUCCUCUGCGCCAGAUUGUCUGUAUCCACUGCCAUCAGCGCUCGGAUUAUGGUGGUACACUAGUUCUGGUAAGUCAGGAUGGGAUCCAGAGGCCGCCUCUUCACUUCCCCCCUGGUGGUCACCUCCUGGCUUUCCUCUCUUGCCUGGAAACAGGCCUCUUACCGCGUGGUCAGCUGGAGCCCCCCCUCUGGUCCAAGAAAGGCAAGGGAAAAGUGUUCCCAAAACUGAGGAAGAGGAGCAGUGCUGCCCGACUCAUUGACCAGGACAGGAAUGGUGAGGAGCAGACAGCUGCUGACUAUGUGUUUCGCAUUGUCUACCCAGGAUACCACUACGACGCCACAGUCACUAUAAAUUACCACCACACCACGGGCAGCCGCGCUCCGUCGCUGGACGAUGACGAGGAAGAAGAAGAUAGGCUCCAUGCUAUGAUCUCAAUGAUCUGCUCGCGGAACCUCACAGACCCUAAUGUCAUGAAAGACCAUGGGGAAAUGAUGGAGAUGCAGGGUUUUGGCGGAAGCCCAUCGUCAUGGCAACAGGCCGAAGUAAUCGCUCAUGAGUCCCUGUGCCAGUCCUGCUUCACAGCUGGUAGCAAUGUGUCAUUCGACUACCCGGCUGGCUGUACCUGCAUACACGAACCAUCAGACAUUCACACUAUUCCUCUAAAGAUGCUCUGCCAGAACAUGAAGAGGCAGAUAGUCUCCAGAGCCUUUUAUGGAUGGCUGGCCUACUGUCGACACCUGUCCACUGUGCGGACUCAUCUGUCAGCUCUGGUCAACCACAACAUUGUUCCUCCAGACAGACCAUGUGAGGCGUCCGGGGGCCUCAGCAAAGAGGUGUGGAGCAAGUACCAGAAAGACUGCAAGAACUAUAAGGAACUGGAGCUGCUGAGGCUGGUUUACUAUGGUGGAGUGCAACAUGACAUCAGGAAGGAGGUCUGGCCUUUCCUGCUGGGACACUACAAAUUCGGCAUGGGCAAAAAGGACAUGGGACAGAUUGAUGCAAAGAUCAGUGGGCGUUACCAGCAGGUGAUGCGGGAGUGGAAGGCUUGUGAGGUGAUUGUGAAGCAGAGGGAGAAGGAGAUGCAGUCGGCCAUCUUUGCCAAGCUCUCCUCAGGCAGCAGCAUUGACAGUCAUGUCCUACGACUGGUUCACAGAGACUCCACACUCAGCAAUGAGGUGUUCAUGUCAGUGGAUGAGCCAGACGCAGGCAGCCAGGAGACCCCCAGUGGAGAGGACAGUACUCCCACCAUGACCACCUUGAUCCCUCCUGCCGCCCUCCCCCCAGAGGAGCGUCCUCUAGUGGAGUUUGACUCCCCAGACUCGGGUCUCCCCUCCUCCAGAAACUACUCAGUGACCUCUGCUCAUUCCCAGAUCCUGUCAAGCAUAGACGACGGUCAGAGCACAGAGGAGGAAGGGGGGGGUGGGGAUGAGGGCAGGACUCCAGGUGGGCUGGGGGGGCGUGAGGAUUCUCUGACCGAGGACAGGCUGUGUUGCCAAUUGGACAAACUGGUGACCAAUGGAGCAUCUGCUGAGGGGAUAUCACCAUCACUGUCGUCAUAUACAAUCGAGCUUUUGGACAUAGUCGCCCUGAACCUCCACAGGAUAGACAAAGAUGUACAACGCUGCGACCGAAACUACUAUUACUUCACUACAGCCAACCUGGAGAAACUACGCAACAUCAUGUGCAGUUAUGUAUGGGAACAUUUGGAGAUGGGCUACGUUCAGGGUAUGUGUGACCUGCUCGCUCCACUCAUGGUCAUCCUUGAUGAUGAGAGCCUGGCGUACAGCUGUUUCACUCAGCUAAUGAAGAGGAUGAGUCAGAACUUCCCUAAUGGUGGAGCCAUGGACACACAUUUUGCCAACAUGAGGUCACUGAUCCAGAUCCUGGACUCUGAGCUGUUUGAACUGUUUCACCAAAAUGGAGAUUACACUCACUUCUACUUUUGUUACCGCUGGUUCCUGCUGGACUUCAAGAGAGAGCUCCUGUACGAGAAUGUGUUUGCAGUGUGGGAGGUGAUCUGGGUGGCUCCCAGAAUUUCCUCGCAACACUUCGUCCUCUUCCUGGCCUUGGCACUGGUCACAGUUUACCGUGAGAUCAUCAUGGACAACAACAUGGACUUCACUGACAUUAUCAAGUUCUUCAAUGAGAUGGCUGAGCGUCAUGAUGUCCAACACAUCUUGAAGAUAGCACGUGAGCUGGUCCACAAAGUUCAGUCUCUGAUGGACAACAAGUGAUCGAAGAGCAAGAGGAGGAGGAGAAAUGGGAUAAUGCAGAGGGAGAAAAUGUUUUCUCCGCCAGAGUGAUUUCCAGAGCUCCGUUGAUCCAGAGAAGGUGAAGAGGGUUCAGGUCUCCUCCCUGUCCAAUGGAAGGUCCUGGGAGUGGGGCCGCGGUGCUGCUGAAACAGACUGGCUCUGGAGCUUGGCCUGGAUCUGUUUACAUUUACCUUCACAUGGAAUGCUCAUGGUGUCCGUUCAGACAUGUGGAUUGGUCUGCAUGCUUGUAAGUUUGAUCACACUGUAAGCACAUUCUUGAGUCUCCCCAGUCUUGCAGUUUGUGUGCGUGCAUGAAAACACACAUACACACAAAUACAAACACACACAUGCACAUUCAAUAUUAGUCAUCAGAGUUCUAGAGUUUCACCCUUUUCCUCAACUCUGAAACAGAACAUAUUGGAUAGAGGCUGACGCAUCGUCAGUGUUUGUUGGAUGUGUUCCUCCAGCAGAGGCCAGUAAUGUUCAGGAUUUACACAGAGGAGCAGAGGACUAAGCCACGAAGAAGUUUUCAUUAGUGACCAAAUGGACUGUGCCAACUACCUUUUCAUGAGUGUUUUCUACAACUAGCAUGUGUGUUUUUACCCCAACCCAAUCCCUGUUUUUCCUUUUGUCAAGGACUUUAUUAUCACACAAAUGUUGCCUUUAUCAGUAACAGUCCAAGGUACUUGUUGCACUUUUUGUGAGGGUUUCCUUCCUGGCACCUGUGAAGGCCUCACCACAGUCAGUGGAGGCUGGAGGGGCCACAACAGGCCAAAUUGUUGAGAAACUCAGGAUGAUUUGCAGCCGACUUUUCUGAGCAUGUCAGUCAGUGGUCAGAGCAUGUUUAAUCCUCGUUCCAAGAUGGAAAACCAAACUAACAGCAGAGCACAUCAGUUAGGACAAGAGCACACAGGCCGUCCUCGUUCACACAAAAUAUCCUCUUUUUUACCUCAUGAUUUUAAUUACGGCUCUAACAACCAUUGAGGUCGGGCCCUUAGGAAUAUCUCUACAAUUUGUGACAUUGAAUUUGGGAAUUUAGAUGCUUUGAUUAAACACGCAUAUUAUACAUUUGGUUUUAUUCAUGCAUUUCAGAAGUAGUUUUAGCCAAAAUUCUGAUUAAAUUAAGGGAUUAACCAUUCCCAAUCACACAUGCAUCACAUCACACGUGUGGUAGUGUGGGGAGGGCUUUUAAACAAGAUUUAGACCAUACACAUACAACACAAUGUAAAGGAUUAAUGAAUAAAUACUACAUGAAAUUCUGUGAUUGGUUUUUAUUCUCAGCAAUACUUUAAAUUGUCAGUGUUGCUUAGUGACUGGCCAAGAGUUUCUUAGAUGUGUUAAACUGAACUGAGCUCAGUAACUAAAAUCAGCCUCUGUUUUACUGCUUAAGGUUUCAGAAGACAUGGUGACUGAAGGAUAUUUGAAAAGAAAAAGUGUCCAAUGAAUUAAGUCUCAUAGGUCUGAGACUGGUGAGGAGAAGGAGACGAAGAGGCUAUAAGAAGAUAACAAACUUGAAUUGAUCAUAUACCCAUGUCUACAGGGAGAGUUAAGAAUUAGGCUGACAUUAUUCUAUAUUUUAUUAUUGUCAACAGAUCCCAUGAAAACACAAAGUCCCUGUCCUGUCUGUUUUACUGAAGACACAAAUCUUUAAAACUGCUUUCAGAUAUAGAGACUCUUAAAACAAGCAGACACUUUGACCCUACUUUACAAUAGAUAGUGCAUUUGUUGGGGACUGUUUUCAGUGGCAGAUUAAUACACAUCGGUGUGGCAGUUGACCAUGCCACGGGGCUCUCCCACACACAGCAGCCAGACACAAACCAUUCAGGUUUCAGCAUUCUUUUAUUGCCAUUUAACACACGUCAGCAAACAUAAAUUAAACUUAACUUAAAGGGGUUAGUCUAAGUCUAAGAUUUGCAGUUCAGUGUCUCUGUCCGUGUGUCUCGGUCCUCUGUGCCUGUCUCUCAGUGUCCCGUGUGUCUGAGUCCCUCGUGAGGCAGCCCAGUCGCUGCCUGUUAAGCGUGAGGAUCAAUGUGCUGAUUGAUCCUCUGUGGUGAAGGGGCCCUCCCAGCCCCCUCACCUCCACAGUCUGGUGUUAUACUGAGUAGUUACAGCAGCAGGAUGAGGGUUCAAGGUUUUCACCGGAUUCAAAAUCUGUAUAUCCCCAUUAAGUCUGGGAAUUCAUGUCAUGAAGGGAGUUUGAUUUGAGAAAUGGACUGUGGUUAACUAAUCAUAUUAUGACAUUUAUUAUAUUUAUAAUUUUCGGGUAUUAUACUAUUUCAUACAUUUUACAUAAUGUGGUUAUAAUGGAUCAGCUCUUCACAAAGUUGGAAAAGCACAAAGUCAUGUGUCAGAUUCAUAGUUGACCUGAGGUUAUUAGUGAUUCAGUGGCAGGGGAGGAAUAUCCAUGUCUUCUGUCAUGUCAGCAUGUUGUUGGAGAGUUGUGAGGUAUGAGUGCCACGCUCUUGGACAUUUAGUUGUUACAUGAGCACAAUCUUGUACUACAGUUAUAAACUACAACAUGUCACCCAGUGUUUUUAACAGAGCUCUAUGUGUUCAUAAGUCACAUAUAUCAGGCUUUACCUGUCACUAAGUCACAUUCAAUGUUGGUUAGGGUCUUUUCAUGGGGUUGCAUUAAGCAUAAGAAAUAUCUUGAAGUGUUUUCCUUUGGAAUUGGAGUCAAACAUGCACAUUGAUCUGAAGACAGCAUGAAAGCUGCUGAGCAGUGCUAUCAGGAAAAGUGGUUGCAGUCAUCCAUGUUGAACCAAAUUUUUCUACUGCCUCGAGUCCAGCCUCAGAAAAGAAGACAAGCUCAGAAUAGGCUGGUCUAAAUAACCGACCCCUGGUCACAGGUCUGAAAAGUACCUGAGACAAAAGCUGCUUUUGAUGCCAAACUUUGUUGAGUGUUCAUUGAAUCAGUAUUAGGUUGGGAUUGGCUUCACAGUAAUAGCAAAGAAUACAUUAAUAAUUACAUCUAAAGGAAAUCUGGGACAAUUUUGAUACCGUUUCCAAUCCUCUAAUCAGUGUGACCCUUUAUCUCCACCCGCCUCACCUCCUUCAAAUGUCCAAUAUGGCUGCAUAUGAUUGGUCAUCCAGCACGGACCUGCACCUGUGAUUCAAGGGCCAAGAGUCUUCCCCAAUCCUGAAGUGCACUGUAGUCAUCUGUCUCUCUGAUUCGCUAGUUUGAUCCCAGGAAUGGGCGGUGGUGUGGAUGUGCCUUGCUACGGCCUCUUCCCCUCCCCCAUCCUGCCUCCACAGCGACAGAGUGGGGGCCUUAAGGGAAGCCUGGGCCCACAGCAGAGCCUUUUCUUCCAAUCAGGACAUUGUCUACCAAAGCCUUGAAACUAGACCCCACUGAUACUGGAUUUUUUGGGGGCGGAUUAUGAUAGCGUGUUUUGGGGAGUAAAAAAGGUUGGUAAGUUCUUUAUUCAUUUGAUAGGUUUUGCGAUGUGCUUCUUUUGUCUUAGUUCACCUGCCCAGAGACUACUAAUGAACAUUUGCAAACUACCAACAUGUGGCACAAAUUUGUCUGAGAUCAAUCUUUUUCUGCAUUGUAUUCUGUAUAAACAUAUGAUAUAGGUCUACAUGGGCAGAGAAAAUCGACUGACUAAUGUAUCGGUCGGACUUUACUUGAAACAGCCCCCUCUGUGGCAUGACAACAAUGUGCAAUUUCAUACAGCAUCUGACUGUUUACUAUGUGUGUAAAAUAUUUUUGAAAAUGGUGAUCUUGGAUUCUGUAAUUUCUGUCAUUUGAGAAAAUCCAUCAAACUCUAUAUUCCUGUAAAUAUGAAUCAAGAACCCAAUAUUUCUAUGAAGACAGUCAGAACAUAUAACUUAUUUUAAGAUCUAUUUUUUAUGUUGGUUUUAGCGGCACUAUAGUCGAAGGUGUAAACUGUGCACAGCUGCAGAUUGUGUGCAGACUAUGUACACGUUGACUGUUAAGUGUUCUUUCUCAAUGUUGUGCACUGACUUCAAGAUUUCAAAUUUCUAUUUAUUUAGAGAGCCAGUGAUUGCAUUGCUGAAUAUGUACUAGUAAGGAUGUAUCAUUUGCCUUGAAUGUACUGUAUUAUUAAAUAAGGGGUUGUUCA